AUGGGCAGGAAGACAUACUCCUCCAUCUACCCGGACCGGCGCGGGAAGAGAGCGCCCCGGGAGCCGCCGCCCGUGGCCCCCGCCGACGGCGCCCUGGGCCGCAGAAGGCUGCCUCUGGGGACCCUGGUCAAGGCCAUUGUCGUCCUCAAGAGGCUGGCCGCGGACAUCCGGCGGGGCCACAUCCUGCCCUGCCUCAACCCCCUGACCACCGAGCAGAAAGCGCCCGAGAAGCGCGCCGUGGCCAUGCCUGAAAAGACGGUCUGGGGCGACCAGGAGCCGCUCUCCAAGAUUCCAUUUCAAAUUUUGACUGGACAUCAGAACCUUGUGAGUUCUUGUCACUUCUGUGUGAAUGACACAAAGAUCCUCAGCAGCUCCUUUGACUACACGGUGAAGCUGUGGGAUGCGAUGGAGGGAACUGUUAUCCGGGAUUUUGACGACGGGCCCAAGACUCCUGUUUUGGCGUGCAGUGUCACGGCCGACAGCACAAGAAUUGCUGCGGUGGCCUACGACAAAACUCUGAGGACCUGGGACCUUGAAACAGGCAAGCUGCUGUGGAAGAUCAAACAUGGAGGCUUCUUAACCUCCUGCAACUUUUCUCCUGACGGUAAAUAUGUGGUCUCUGGCUUGGAUGUGGAUCAUGGAAUCUGUAUAAUAGAAGCAAGAAAUGCCAUGACUGUGUCACACAUCAAAGAUCAUCAUGCAAGAUCAGUCACAGGCUGCUGCUUCGACCCCGAUAGCCAGAAGGUGGCUUCCGUCUCAUUGGACAAAAGCAUCAAGAUCUGGGACGUUACCUCCCAGGCCACCCUGCUCACCAUCAACAAGGCACAUACCAAUGCGAUCUCAAGCUGCUGUUUUACCUUCAGCGGCCAUUUCCUGUGUACAAGUUCUUGGGAUAAAAGCUUAAAAAUCUGGAACGUCCAUACAGGGGAGUUUCGAAACCGUGGAGCCUGUGUAACUCUGAUGCAUGGCCAUGAAGGUUCUGUGAGUUCCUGCCAAUUUGCCAGAGACUCAUCUUUUCUCGUGUCUGGAGGGUUCGACAAGACUGUGGCUCUUUGGGAUGUAGGAGAAGGCUAUCGGAAGCUCUCCUUGAAGGGCCACAAUGACUGGGUGAUGGAUGUUGCCAUUAGCAACAACAAGAAAUGGGUCCUGUCUGCUUCAAAGGAUAGGACCAUGAGACUGUGGAAUAUUGAAGAAAUUGACCAAAUUCCUUUGGUAAUCAAGUGCAAAAAGAACCUGGGCUUAAGGGUGAACCAGUGUGAAGCAUGCGAAAAGCCUUUCUCCACCUAUGACAGUGACGUCUUUCCUAAAACAGUCACCAAAUGUGUGUUCUGCCGGAUGGAUGCAAGCUUGUCAGCAGAGGCCUCAUCAUCAUCGGAAAAGAAGGACUCACCCACAAAGGCGGGCAGAUUGGGCAAUAAAUGA